UAGUGAAUUAAAAAAUAAAACUUAAAAGGAAUAUAAUAAUAAGGAUUUUAUAACAAAAACGAUAAAGUCAAAUACAAUUACAUUGUAAAGUCAACCCCACCAAGCAGAAUGGUAUAUAUUGAGGACAACGGUGAGCCAGGCUGUAAAACUGUGCUUGAAGUGAAUCAACGAUAUCGUAAUUUCGAAGAUCCCACCUCAUAUUGGCAAUGCGGUCUACAGGGUCAACCGGCCAAAGCCAUGCGCUGUGAACCGAACAAUUUGUACUCAGAGGCGGAACAAAAAUGUAUUUUCUGGAAAAAUUGGCAUUGGACAGAUCCAAAAGAGCCACCCAGUCGGCCUGAUAAAACGAACAAAACAUCAAAAUAAAUAGAAAAUGUUUGCAAGGAAGUUUGUUAAAAAGAAUAUAGUAGAUAUGUAGCCAAAGAAAUUGAAAUUAUAUUUAGCAAAUUAUAUUCAAAAAAUUAUUUUAAAAAUUAAGUUU